AUGUCGGCCCUUCCGGCAAACUGGGAAUGGGACUACGACGGGACUCGAUGGUUCUACCGCUACAAGCCGAAUGGCCAUGUUCAGUUCCACUUCCCCAAAGAGGGCGAUGAGUUCCCCGACUUCAUCGACAUCAUGUCACCGAUCCCCGACCUAGCACCCGAAGAGAGGCUCGAAAGCCAGCAGCAGUUGAAGAGACGAACCGGCGUCGAUGUCGAUUCCAAGUCAAAGAUGCGCGCAACCGGGGGUCCGCUGGACGAUUUUGGCAUGAAUAGGAGCGGGUUCGGCGGCCCUCUGACCGAUGAGGAAGAUGGUUUUCUUUACCAGCCCGAGAACUUCAUGUAUCUCGGCCCCGGCGCUUAUACUGAUGUCAGCCCCUUGGCUGACGAAGAGGAGAGGGACCAUAUUGCCAACAGCAGGCGCAAGAACAAAAGCAACGGCGACGAGGGCAAAGACAAGACGAUGCUUGACGCGGCUGGUACCGACAAGGCCGGUGUGUCACCCCUCCAGAGCGCGACGAACACACCAUCCGUCGUCCACAGCACUCCAGUCCGAGAAUCGGUUGCCGUUCCACAGCCAGUAGCAGAGGAUGCCGUGCUCGUCAUCAGCACCCAAGAACUCCCUGGCCCAACUCAACCCGCCAUCCCCUCUCCUGGAGUUCCUCUGCUAGACUCCGUUGAGAAGCCCCGCCCUGGCUCUCAUGCUCCUGCUCAGUCGGCUCCUUGGGAUCCUGUCGGCGUAGUGGCCGAAAUGGCGACGGAACAUACCGCGGCCGCACGUAUUGAGACGCACCCGGACCCCGUCGAGAUAGGCGACAGUGCUGUCCUGGCUCCAAUCGAGACCCAGAUGAUGAAUUUCGGCAUCGCCGAGUUGCCAGAACGCACCAGCCCAUCAGACGCCAGACCGCCUGUAUCGUCUACCCACGAUUUACUGCACCAGACAAAUAUGACGGAUCAGGCGCUUCACGGCGCCACAUUUGGGUCAGGAUCAAGGCCCCAAAGCUCGUCGCCGACGACAUCAGCACAACCCAAUACCGAGGCACGACCUGUGAAUACACCGGCGAAGGUUCUGUCCCAUCAAACAAUACCAGAGACGGCACCUCAACCUCCAAGUUCUUCUCAAGCUUCCCCCGCUGCUCCUUUCAGCAUAAAGCGAAAACCUUCAAAGACCGCAGCCAAGCAAGGCCAGUACCAGCCCUACGUGCCUGGAUCUGCUCCCACCAUUACGUCGGAACAGCAGAAUAGGAGUCCGGACUUCAAGCCACGAGGAUACAGAAACCCUUUGGCGAGAGAGGCCUCGUUGAUGUUGGGUACCCGCCAGACCUACGAAGCGUCUAACCCACGCAGCGGCAAUGCCAACGGAGCCAAGGCUACCAAUGGAACAAGUGUCAAUGGCUCCAAAGGCACGAACGGUGUCAACGGAACCAGUGGCACCAAUGGCACCAACGGCCACCACGUCGAAACCGCAGACGCAGAUCUGCCCCUGACGCCUCUAGACGUCCUGUCCAACUUCAAAGGAACCUUCGCCGGACGAGGCUUCAACACCAUCUUCCGCCCCAACAACACCAAGAAACCGACCGUGCUGAGCGCCCCGACGACAGACGGCGUCACCGACAACGUCUUGCAACUCAACCUGACCGCCGAAACGAUGGUCUUCUCCGGCGCCCUCGGAAAAGUCCCCAACCGCGGCGUCUUCAACCAGGAGGACAUCUCGCUCAACGGGCUGCCGUACACGCAGACCAUCGUCGACGCGACCAACGUGGCGCCGGGCGCCGAUCUCCCCGCCGACCUCCCCGUCAUCCACUUCGAGCCCGGGUUGUGGAUGCGCGUGCCCGGCAGCAUCGGGCUGAAGGCUUCCCUCACGCGCAUGGCGUCCAUCCCGCACGGCACGACCAUCAACGCGCAGUGUUUCCAGGAACCCGUGACCGCCAGCGGCCCGCCGUCUUUCGAUCCCGUCAAGGACAGGAUUGACAUCACGCCCUUCGUGGUCGGACAGCCCUCGACCAAAAUCUCGUUCAACAGCCAAGAUGUGACGAAUAACACCACCCACCGCCUCCCCGAAAAUCUGGCCAAGAAUAGUAACAUCACGCAGAACAUGAUCUCCGACCCGAUCUCCGUCCUCAGGGCCGCCAACGCCGGCAAGACCAUCACGAAGCACACCAAGUACGCGGUCACGACGGCGCCGGACGCGUCGGGCUGCGGCGGGGGCGUGACCAACAUCGGUUUUCUGUCCGGCAACGACCCCGCCACCGCGGCCAACUCCAGCCCCGCGCCGGUGCCGCAGCCCACGAACGCGAACGCCGUCACCGUCACGGCGACGUACUGGGUGUCCAAGGUGCGGACUACGGUGGACUUCAAGAAGUUCAAGCCGACCGCGGAGACCCCGGUCGCCAGUUUCUCGCCCGCCGCGGUACGAGUGGGAGAUAUCGUGCCGGUGUUCAAGGUGGACUUUGAGAUCCCGGCGGAUAAGACGGUCACGUUUGAGUACACGCAGAUUCAGUAUGCCCAGGUAGUGAUGCUGAACUUUGCUGGGCUGACUUGGCCGCAUGCUACUGUUGGAACUCUGGCGCAGUCGGAUCUCAUUGCGAAGGACGACCCUUUGAGGGCUAAGAUCCUUGGUCAUUGA